GCCGGUCCACAGCUACUAGCACCGAAGAGAGAGAAAUAGAGAGAAGGAUCUAUAGAAGAGACAGAGGAAGGGGCAGAGAGAGAGAGAGAGAAAGAAGAUGGGAAGCUUGAACUCGGAGAACUCCAAUGGCUUCCACGCCGGAAAGCACGGAGACGCCGGUGGUAAAACGGCCGGCAAAGUCAUCACAUGCAAAGCGGCUGUGCUUUGGGGUCCCGGAGAGGCCUUUAAGAUCGAGGAAAUAGAGGUGGAGCCUCCUCAGCGUUUGGAAGUCCGGCUUCGAAUCCUCUUCACCUCAAUAUGCCACACUGACCUCAGUGCUUGGAAGGGCGAGAACAAACUGCAGCAGAUCUUCCCUCGUGUUCUGGGCCACGAGGCCGCGGGGGUUGUGGAAAGUGUUGGGGAGGGGGUGGAGGAUUUGAGACCUGGUGACCGGGUGGUACCGGUUUUUACCGGGGAAUGCGGGUGCUGCGACAUGUGUCGGUCGGAUAAGACUAACAUAUGCUCGGGUUUUGCGGUGGACCCGCUGCGGAGCGUAAUGAGGGCUGACGGGCGGGUUAGGUUCUUUUGGGUCGGACCUGAUGAAGAACGACGACCUGUUUACCACUUUUUGAACACGUCGACCUUCGCUGAGUACACGGUUAUCGACUCUGCGUGUGUUGUGAAAGUCCCCGCUGAUGCGCCGCUUAGCAGAAUGUGUCUUCUCAGCUGCGGCGUCUCCACCGGAGUUGGAGCGCUUGGUUAAUACGGCGAACGUCGAAGAAGGAUCACAGUGGCAAUUUUUGG